AUGGCAGGCUUUUGCUCCACAGCCCGUGAGCAGGAACCCCGGCAGGUCCGCCUGUCCUCUCUUGUCAUUGCAGCGCUCUGUCGGGGGCGCGUGGUGAGAGUGCCCUCGGGGAGCCUGGUGCGGGUGGCGGGCACCGAGCUGGUCAUCCCCUGCAACGUGAGUGACUAUGAUGGCCCCAGCGAGCAGAACUUCGACUGGAGCUUCUCGUCCUCGGGCAGUGGCUUCGUGGAGCUGGCCAGCACCUGGGAGGCGGGCUUCCCAGCCCAGCCGUACCAGGAGCGCCUGCAGCGUGGUGACAUCCUGCUGAGGAGGACUGCCAACGACGCUGUGGAGCUGCACAUCAGGAAUGUCCAGCCCUCAGACCAGGGCCACUACAAGUGUUCCACCCCCAGCACUGACGCCACCGUCCAGGGCAACUACGAGGACACGGUGCAGGUUAAAGGUUACGAGCACAAGGUGAUUAGCACGUGCCAGGCCUCAGAGCAGCUCGACACUCUGCGAGCGUCCGUGGCCAGGAACGUGUCAGUGUCAGAAGGAAAGGAGCUGGACCUGACUUGCAACAUCACCACAGACCGCACAGAUGACGUCCGGCCCGAGGUGACGUGGCAUUUCAGCAGGACGCCUGACAGCGCCGUGCCUGGCUCCCUCGUGUUGGCACGGCUGGACCGGGAUUCCCUCGUGCACAGCUCUCCUCACGUGGCCUUGAGUCACGCGGACGCACGCUCCUACCAUUUACUGGUUCGAGACGUUAGCAAAGAAAACUCCGGCUACUAUUUCUGCCACGUGGCGCUCUGGGCACCCGGACACAACAGGACCUGGCACAAGGUGGCAGAGGCCAGGUCUGCCCCAGCCAGUGUGGAUGUGACCUGGCUAGAUUCCGUGCUUGUGGUGAAGGCCAGGCAGCCGAAGCCGUUCUUUGCCGCGGGAAACACAUUUGAGAUGACUUGCAAAGUGUCUUCCAAGAAUAUCAAGUCGCCACGCUACUCCGUUCUCAUCACCGCCGAGAAGCCCGUGGGGGACCUCUCCAGCCCCAACGAAACCAAGUACAUCAUCUCCCUGGACCAGGAUUCUGUGGUGAAGCUGGAGAACUGGACGGAUGCCUCGCGCGUGGACGGCGUGGUGUUGGAGAAAGUUCAGGAAGACGAAUUUCGCUAUCGAAUGUACCAGACGCAGGUCUCGGAUGCGGGGCUGUACCGCUGCGUGGUGACAGCCUGGUCUCCAGUCAGGGGCAGCCUGUGGCGGGAAGCAGCGACCAGCCUCUCCAAUCCUAUCGAGAUCGACUUCCAGACUGCAGGUCCUGUAUUCAAUGCCUCCGUGCACUCAGACACGCCGUCGGUUAUCCGGGGAGAGCUGAUCAAAUUGUUUUGCAUCAUCACUGUCGAAGGAGGAGCCCUGGAUCCCGAUGACAUGGCCUUCGAUGUGUCCUGGUUUGCGGUGCACUCCUUCGGUCUGGACAAGGCUCCCGCCCUCCUGUCCUCUCUGGAUCGGAAGGGGAUCGUGACCACGGCCGAGAGAGACUGGAAGAGCGAGCUCAGCCUGGAGCGUGUGGGUGUGCUCGAAUUCCUGCUGCAAGUACAUGGGUCCGAGGACCAGGACUUUGGCAACUACUACUGCUCCGUGACCCCAUGGGUGAAGUCCCCAACCGGCUCCUGGCAGAAGGAGGCAGAGAUCUACUCCAAGCCCAUCUUUGUAACCGUGAAGAUGGACGUGCUGAACGCCUUCAAGUACCCGCUGCUGAUCGGCGUGGGCCUGUCCACUGUCAUCGGGCUCCUGUCCUGCCUCAUCGGGUAUUGUAGCUCCCACUGGUGCUGUAAGAAGGAGGUCCAGGAGACGAGGCGCGAGCGCCGCCGGCUCAUGUCCAUGGAGAUGGACUAGGACACACCGGGGAGCUGCGACGGGGCCGGGCGAGCAGCGACUUGGGCGGGAAGAGGACAGCGACCUUUCAACGCGAAGCGUGUUACACUAAAACCCAGUCCUCUCUAAUCUCAGGUGGGACCUGGCGCGCUCUCUUCUCUGCAUGUCAAGUUCUGAGCGCGGACACGUUUACCAGCACACGACUUCUCUUCCCACGGCACU